GUCUAUCAGAGUGUGGAGACAGUGGUCCAGGGAGCAAACGGUUAUUUAGUUUUUUAAGAAAGACUGGACUGGAAAGACAGCUGUAACAUUAAUGGACACAAGGGAGAAUAAAACCUGAAGGUGGCAGCAAUGCCGUAAAACAUCAAAGAAGAAGAAGAAGAAGAAGAAGAAGAAGAAGAAGAAGAAGGACUUGGCAACAAUACUAGCUAAAGAGAGACAGACGAAGAGAAAAGGUUACCUGUUCCACUGGUUUGUGUUGUGUGGAUUAGCCUGGCAGCAGUAAGUGAUAGUCCUGAGUGUAGCGGCUCCUCACUGCUAACUUAUGCUAGGCCGCUACUGUGUUAAGUUAGCCCCGUGCUAGGUGAGCCUGGUUGUUUGUUGUAAAGAGUUGAAACAGUGCCUCAUUGGAGAUCUUUCUGGAUGCUCCUCAUGUCCUCAGUUUAGUAUUGACCUGACUACACUACACUUUGGACUGCAGCCAAGAUCUGAAUCAGCAGAGCUGAAAUGUGCUGAUGGGAAGAAAAGCAUUUGGAGGACAUUGACUUUCACAAAUACAGCGGUGAAAUGAGUUCUUCAGAGGAGUUGAAACAGACAGACACAGACAGGAGCAGACCUCAUCAGUGUCACAAGUGUGGGAAAUCUUUCAGUCGGGUUUGCAGACUAAGAAGACAUGAACUCACUCACACCGCAGAGAAACUGUACCACUGUGAACAAUGUGGCAGCAGUUUCAGCCAGCUAAAUGCAUACAAGCUACACCUGCAUACCCACACCGAAGAAACACCAUACUGCUGCGACCAGUGUGGGAUGCAUUUCAGCAACCAGAGUUCAUACAGAAAACACCUGAGAGACCACACUGGACCAUACCAGUGUGACCAAUGUGAAAAGAGUUUCAAUCAGUGGGGUAAUUUCACAGUACACCUGCGUGUCCACACUGGAGAGAAACCACACCACUGUGAAAAAUGUGGGAAAAGUUUCCGUUGUUUAAGCACAUACAAGAAUCAUGUGCGUACUCACACUGGAGAGAAACCUUAUUGCUGUGACUAUUGUGGGAAGAGAUUCACUCAGUUUAGUACUUAUAACCAACACCUACGUAUCCACACUGGUGAGAAGCCAUAUCAGUGUGAACAGUGUGGGAAAAGUUUCAGUCGCUCGAGUAAUUACAAGCAGCACCAGAGUGUCCACACUGGAGAGAAAUCAAAUUGGUGUGAUCAAUGUGGGAAAAGUUUCAGUCGGCUAGGAAGCUACAUCAGACACCUUCGUGUCCACACUGGUGAGAGACCAUACUGGUGUGACCAAUGUGGUAAAGGCUUCAGUCAGCCAGGGAGUUACAACCAACACCUGCGUAUCCACACUGGAGAAAAACCAUACUGGUGUCCACAGUUAUGUCCCACAGUGUGCCAAGCUGGAUCUGGACCUGGACUCGGCCCCCGAGAGGAAGUUAGCCUCAACAACGAGCAGCACCAGCAGAGGCACAGCCUCAGCCACCAACUGUGGCCUCAAUAUACCCAGAUGAGGCAAUGGGAGGACAAGGAUCAUCAUUCAUUCCUGCAACUCCAACACCCAAAGAGGCCUACAAAUCACAUCGGGGUGGCCCAAUCACCCCCAAUUGCCUUUCCAGCCCUAAUCGCACUUGAAGCAACAAAGAAUUCCAGCCCAGAUCAAACUCCUGCACCUCCUUAAAAGUGAUUGCAUUGAUGAUGGAGGUGUCAACAGGAGAUGGGACCUCACAACUGAUUUUCAUACCAUGGACAUAUGCUGACCUGGGAGUAUGGUAACCUGGAGACCAUAGAGAGACACGCCAUCUGUGCAGAAAAAUUCCUCAAAGAUGAGCAAAGGAAGAAAAGUACGCAGCUGAUGGACAGAUUACAGAUGGCGCAGCUGAGGGUGUAUGAGAAUCAGAACAGAGGCCGGGGCCAAGGCCGACAAAGACGUGGAGGAAAGGGAAGAGGACGAGGAAGGAGUGACGCUUGAUUCAAAUGUAGCAAAAUGACAUUGACAUGACAUUGGGCAAAAGAUUGCCCCAAGAAUCAUGAGCAGGCUGACUGACUAGAUGGGGUGUCGACGCCAGGUCGGGAAGGAGCUGGCUUGAACACUGAACUGGAAACAACAGAGCAUUCUUCACAUCAGUUACGUAAGAGCACCCACACUGACACAAAAGAGCAUGUGAACACACAACACACAGACAACUGCCUGCAUGAGACACCGCCACACACACAGAAGUGAGGCUAUCUCUCACCUUGAGCACACACAAGACACUGAUGAUAAAACCCCAGCAGAGAUAUACACCAAAUAUACACAUGAUGCAUACAAACGCAUGCCUGAACACACAAUGUUGCUGGAAAAGAUAUUGUUUUUCUUGUGGAUUCUGGUGCGACUGAUUCUGUCAUCAGAGUGUCAGAAUUUGCAGUCCUUCCAAAUUUGAGUGGCAGAUUUGUGAGGACAGUAGGAGUUUCAGGAAUACCCCUGGUGGAAAGGUGUACCACACCAUGCAGUGAAGAAAUUGAGAAACACUUUAAACAUUCAUUCUUGCUAUCUAAACGAUGCCCAAUCAAUAUUAUCUGAAGAGAUAUGAUGAUAAGAUUAGGAAUUAUCCUGAUUUCCACUCCCGAAGGCAUCAUUGUAGCCAAAAUUUCUGACACUGCAUCACAAUAUGUUAAACACAGUAGCAGGGAGCUGAUGUACUCUUAUCAAUGGAAGCUGCCUCACACAGCUGCUGGCUCUGUAAAUAACACUCUGAUUACCGAGGUCAAAGCUAUCUUUCUAGACAACUAUACACGAAUAGACAUCAAGUCGCCACAAGAGUCACACUGCAUAUCACAUGUACAUCUUGGGGUUGAUAAACAUUUUGAGGACACAUGGUUCAGGCAAGACAAAGAGAGAAACACUAAAGCUGACCUGGUUAUACUGGAAUGAUAAAAAGGCACAGUCUCAGUAGCUUUCAAUGAUCCACUUUGUAAAGCUUUGUUUCAGGUCGCUAACACAUAUCCUCAUGUCCCCCUGGUCAAAGCAAAGCAGGAUACAUGGGAGUGCUUGGGCCCUUGGACUAGACGUUGUGAGGAAGCUGCUGGUUGGGUAAAGACAUCAGACUCAGGUGUGAAUUUUCACAACCAACUUCAAGUAUUCCGGAAAAGACUUUCAGGGGAGUGAUUAUUCCAUGUGCAAAAUCUCCAGUCCGGACACCUAUUUUCCCCGUACGAAAACUCCGGGACGCCGGAGAGCCACAACAUUGGAGAUUCGUGCAGGACUUGCAGGCGCAUCCCAGUGGAUCCUGACAGCCAGUAUUGGUUUGCGUUCUCUUUUGAAGCGGCAGACGGUGAACCUCACGAUUGUGUGGCAGUGAUAACAGAGGCUUGCUCCCCCAGACCAGAUCUGCAGGAAACACCAUUGAUCAAUCCAGAGCUGGAGCUGUUUGUUGAUGGUUCAGCAUCACGAGAUCCAGCAACUGGUGAAGGAAGCCAUUCCAAGGGCUGCAGAGAGGAAACUGCAUGACUUGGAGCCUGGUGAUUGGAUUGUGGUAAAGGAUUUCAGACGAAAGAACUGGCGGGCUCACUGAUGGAAUGGUCCCUACCAGAUAUUGCUCACCACUGAAAUAGCUGUAAAGGUGGCAGAGAGAGCUACGUGGAUCCACGCCACCCACUGCAAACGAGUACCCGAGCCGGGGCCAGCAGACAAGUGAGAUCGAGAUCAGUGAGUGAACCGAACCUUCCUCCCCUUGUGCAUAUUGGAGGGGAGUGGCGGUCCCGUGGGGGAGUUUCUCUGAGCACAGAAAUUCCACUGGGACCACCUAGAACUGCUGCCCCCCUGAACCAACAUCACGGACACACCAAUUUAGGGGGUAGGCAGAGGUGACACAACUGAUAAGAUGACACUUGAGACCAGGGAAAGAUGGCGAUGGAGGGGUGACGGACUGAGAGGCCACGGAGACAGUGCUGCUCGCUGUCAUCAUUGUCCUGUCAUCAGUCUCACUAAUAAAAACCUUCGAAUCACAACUAACCCUAGAAGAAGGAGGGGUCAAAAGGGAGGUGGCAUCCAUCUUCCCCAACAUCCCAGCUCAGCUGGAAGACAACGCAUGGGUGAUAGUGAUGAGGAGACUGCAUGCAGUCACAGAUGCCAGAGGACAUAACUGGAACAACAAGUACGUCAGCAAGGAAUCAAAUGGUGUUGACUGUUCGUGACACUCCAUUUGGAAAUGUUGUUUUUAAGAGCUGCUGUGAAUUGUUGUCACCGCAGGGUGGCUGUGGGUAACUGAUGUCACUAUUUUGGUGUGAACGCCAUCUAUGGGCCAACUUGCCCUACUUCAGUUCUUCCUUCAGUCCAUGAGGAGGAACCACAGAGAGAUAGAAAAAUGUUGCACAGUAAUUUGAUGAAGUAGAUUUUUCACUGUGUGUGAAAUCCUAACUAAAUUCCUAUUUAAUCUCCCAUUUUAGUUAUUCUGUCAACAACCUGUCUAUUAUUAUGUGUCUUUUGCUGAUAUCUACUGUACAUCUUUACAGCGCAAUCCCAGCAUAUCUAGAGAAUCUUAAGCACUGAUGGCAGAAAGGCUCAACUUUGGAAUAGUUUGUAAUCCUGAAGUUUACAUCUGUCGAUCAAAAACCUGUCGGUGGUCGUCGGAUAUGUGAGAUACGGAUGAUUUAACAUAAAUAUAAGCUCCUUUAUAGACCGUUAUGGUAACUAAUGAAAACUGAUACAAUGGCCAAAAAUUAAAUAUCUAGAAAGAAAAACAGUUGAUUUUAGGAUAUAAAGAUGAAAAUUAGCUGUGCAAUUACACAUCCUGCCAUGACUCUAGAGGGAAUAUGAUACAAAAAAAAGUUCAGACUUUUUGGAAUUAAAUACAGUUUAAUCGUUUAUCAUUUUUAUUAAGGUUUGUAUUACUUUUAAAAUGAAAUUGUAUCUUUUAGCCAAACUAAAUUUAAAUGCUCAGUAAACUUGGAAAUUCAGUGGACAACAAGCCACAAACUGUACUUAUUGAGAUCUGGUUUUGAGGCAUAAUAGAAACUAAUUUCGAUUUUUUGGGGGUGUUGUUGGAAUGAACAGUGGUGACAGUUCGUCCAAAAAUGGUGCUGUUCAUAGUAUAAUACCAAUGAUUAACAAUUACACUAUUACAUAUGAUUGUUUUGCAAAUGUCAUUAUUGUUAUUUUAUUAAUCUGUGUCACUUUUAUUCGCUGUUAUUCUGAUUGCUCUUAUUAGCAAGCAAAAUUUAAAAGACAAUAAAUUGACUCUCUGGAUUAGUUUAACUGAGGGAGAAACUAAAGACAAUAUCUUUUCCUCCCUUAUCUGUCUCUCACACAUAUGCAAAUCAACACUCUUUCUUCUCUCACCCCUUGAUGUGGUCUGAGAUAAGGUUUGCCAGACACCUAUCAUAAAAGUUGAAAGUACAUUCCUAAGUGAAAGAACUGUGAUAUUCUUUUGUGUAACCCAAGUCUAAAUUAAUGUGAAUUAGCUACAUAACCAAUUAGUAAUCCAGCUAACAUUAAUCAGCACAUGUUCCUUGAUGUGUAACCCAAAUUCUAUUUUUGUAGGACAUGAAAUGAGGACUUGUAUGUAUGAAGUUAUGUAUUCAGGGUGUUAACCAGGUAAACAAGAGGUUGUAAUAGACAGCUUUGUCACCUACUGACCAACAGACCGAAAUCUCUGCAACCAUCACCAUUAUGAAUCUGUAUAAUAUUGUAGCUAAUAUACUGUUUUUAGCAAACUGUUUUGUUUAACCUUAUGCCGCUUAUUAAGUCACUGAAAAGUCUCAUUUAACUGGUUAAAUGGACUGUACGUAUAUAGCGCCUUUCUAGUCUUUCUGACUACUCAAAGCGCUUCAACUACAUAUCACAUUCACCCUAUUCAUACACCGAUGGCAGAACUGCUCAUCAAAGUAACUAAUCAUCAGCCCUUGGGAGCAAUUUGGGGUUCAGUGUCUUGCCCAAGGACACUUCAACAUGUGGGCUGGGGGAAGCCGGGAUCGAACCGCCGACCCGCUCUACCACUAAGCCACAGUCCCCCAGUCGGUUGAAUGAUCUGUGGAAAUAGUUGGUUGAAUAAUUCUUCUCUGAAUGUUUUAUAAUCACUGUGCUAUUUUUAGGUCUCAAAUCAUGAUUGUAUGGCCAUAGUGAUGUUUGACUAUGUGAUAUUUUGCACAGAAAACUUAAAUUCACUAGUCAAAAAACAUGAAGAGGCUGUAAGGCUAUUGCUAGUGGGUUUAUCCCUCACAUGCACGCGCAGCACUGAAAAAAACUUUAGUCCAUGCCCAUCUGUUGUGUGGGCCUCACCUCGGUCUCACCCUGUGUAUAAAUUGGACUGAGACUGGACAAUCGGCUCCCAAAAUAAUUUUCAUCAGCUAUUUAAGGAGCCAAUGAGGCCCAGAACUUAGAGGGCUACGCCUAAACUCAUAGAAUCUGGAGUUACAAUACGUAACUAACGUUCUAUUUCGUAUAGGCUUCGCUCUCUAAGGCUAUCGCUAGUGGAUUUAGGGCGAAGCAGGAUAUGGUUCGCGCCUCACUGGGUCCGUCCGGUAACAUAAGCACAAACACAUCCUACUUCACAGACAAAAUAAAAGGUGUUCCAUGCCCAGCCAGUGCGUCUUGCGCAAUAGUAUAUAGAAUAUAGCAUAGUAGAAUAUCCAAUAUUCUCUAUGAGGGGAUGGGUUCUGGGAAUAAAUAAAGCCUACUGCUGUAACAAAGCAGAGACGAUGGUUACACACAGUAACAGUCCAGCAAGGAGCAGAGUAGGGACAGAAGGGCAGCUCUCCGUGCGCUGACAGGCAGGAGGAAGAGCGCAUAACCGAAUCCCUGAGAAGAAUGACUCUGAUAAAACACUCAGUACAGAGUAAGUCAUAGAGAAGCGGGGCAGAUAGAAGCAAAUGAAAAAACAGCGGGGAAGACCAUGAAGCUGCAGUGCCAAUGUCUUCCACUAUCAUGUGAUGAAAUCCCUCUGGUGGAGUGCACUCUGAUGCUCUCCAGAGGGUCUAUCCCAGAGGAGUGAUACACCUGUGAAACAGCUUCACAGAACCAGUGUGACAGGUGCUGUGCAGACAGAGGCCGACCUUGAGAUUGUUCCCUGUAGUGCGCUACAGACGCUGAGAACGGCAAGGUGGCCGUGCGUGCAACGUAGCAAGACAGCGCGUCGGCAGACGAGAUGAGAUGUGGCUUCCUCUUCAGAGCUGGAAGGAGGACGCCAGACUGAUAACCAUCCAAGGUUAUCAGUCUCGAUCUGAAGGAGCUAGUGAUGCUCUUAGGUGUAAAGGCCAGAUUAGAGUGCAAAACAGCAGAGCUGCCAUCUCCUUGGAUCCUGAGACAAGAUGGUGCCACAAAGCUGUCUUGGCUGACAGAAACUUAAGUGGAACCUGAUCCAGAGGUUCAAAGGGAGCAUUAGUCAGUGUGCGUAAAACCACCGCUAAAUCCCACUGAGGGGUUAGGGAACGUGACACUGGCCUGUGUCUCCAUACGCCCCCCCAGGAAGCGUUUCAUCAGAGGGUGGCUAAACCCCGAUCUGUCACUGAAACCCUCGUGGCAGGAUGAAAUGGCAGCAGCAUAAGUUUUGACUGUGCUGAAAGCCAAAUCCCUGAGACAGGAACGUGAAACAGGGGACAUCUUCUUUCCAUCUUCUUUUCUACACACCAACGCUGGAAAGCCAUCCAUUUGGCUGUGUAGAUGGUAGAUGCAGCUCUCACGCCCUGGGUAGUGCACACAACAUCCUGAGAGAGACCUAGCCUCUCUAAACGUUCCCUUCAGCGGCCAAACCUGCAGGUGCUGGCCUAUUACUGGGUAAUUCCUGAUCGUCCCCCCCGCUUGAGAGAGAGCGUCCCUGCGCCACGGGAGGCUCCACGGCUGGCCUGACAGCAGCCACUACAGGCACAGAAAUCACUAUGCACCCAGGCGCUCCGGCGCCAUCAGGAUCGCUGAUAGCCGCUCUUUUUGCACUCAGUCCAGGAACCAAGGGAUCAGUGGGCCUGGUAAGAUGGCGUACAGGAGCAUCCUGGGCCACGGCCGAUGCCCGAAUGCGACUCCCAGUGGAGGGUUGUCUCGUGCGCUCAGAGAGAACCAGAGAACUGCGCGUUUCCGCGCACAGCAAAGAGAUCCACUAUUGCUCUGCCGAACCAUUUCCAAAUCUGGGUGACCAGGUCGGGAUGGAGGCACCAGUCUCCCUGACGAGGGCCUGCACACCCCUGCGGAAAUGCCUCAUCUUUGCCAGCGCUUCAAAACAAUAGACUAAACCACAGUUUUGCUGUGAUAAAGAGUUGAUGUAAAAUAAAAUAUAUUAAUUCCCAUAUAAGUCAAUUGCCCUAGCGUUACAUUAACGUCUUUGAGUCCAAAUCAUAUACCUCACCUCACUACUGUCAAUAACUUAAUAGCUAAAUCAUUUUAAUUCAUCAUUCCAUAUCUGUACUCAUCUGUUUGUUUAUUUUCUUUAUCAUAUACCUUAUUAAUCCUUCAUUUAUUCAGUUAUAACACAUUUAGCUAUAAAUAAAUGUCUUCAUUUAAUCAGUAAGAAGUUGUCUGUGUUUUUCUUUGAAGCCGAAGACAAGGUCAAUCUUUAUAAAAGAAUUCAGGCUGGUCUGGGCCGAAAACACCAGGGCCAAUUGUUUGUCCCAGUCCAGCCCUGGCUAUGGUGAUCUGUCCAUCAAGAAACUCCAUAAAUCACAGAGAGUUGAGGCAGAGCAGCCAGAGGACAUCAGAGGGAAAACCAGAAAAUAUCUGCUCUGUAAAAUAUGAUAACAUUUCACCAAAAUCACUUAAUAAAGUCCUUUGUCCUUUUCCAUUUUCUGGCACAAGUGGACUAUGCGCACACAUGCCAGUGUAGAUGUUAGGGGGUUAGGGUCAGUACAAACUGAGAUAUGAGAAAGGCCUAAAGUAAUUUGCUCAUGACAACACGUCAGAAUUAUUUAUUACUAUUAUACCAGUGAG